AUGGCUCGUUUUGCAACAAUGCUUUGGGUUGUUUUGGUUUUCAUGUUAGUUUGUGUUGCACCAUGUCUUGAAGCAAGAAAACAAUUGAAAAAACAUCAUGUUAUAACAAUUACUAAUCUUGAAACUAGCAAUGUUGAUCGCAAGUUUAAAUCGUUUCAUAGUCCUGGAAUGGGCCAUGGUGGUAAUCCUCCUUUGAGGUCAUCCCCGAGUUCUGAAAGAGUUUCUGAUUCUCAUGAGUUGAAUGUGUGUUGUGAAAUGGGGGUUUGGGACUCUAAUUCCGACGUUCUGUCUAUGCGCAAGCCGCCAAAACAGUAUUCAAACCGCCAUGGCAAGGCCGCUGUGGCAGGACGGGGACCAACGUAG